GCGGACGCGGACUCUGCCGCUGUCGUUGAGUUCUGGGGAAGAAUCGUCCCUGCGGUGUCAGUGUGUACAGCGGUGAUUGUGUGGAGAAGAGCGGGAGAGAGCAUCUGAGCGCCGGCAGCAGCACUCAUGGCGGCUCCGCUCAAAGUGUGCAUAGUCGGCUCCGGAAACUGGGGCUCAGCCAUCGCCAGGAUUAUUGGUAAUAAUGCCCGGUCACUGCAGCGUUUUGCCACCACGGUGAACAUGUGGGUGUUUGAAGAGAACAUUAAUGGCAGGAAGCUCACUGACAUCAUCAACACAGAGCAUGAAAACAUCAAGUACCUGCCUGGAUAUAAACUGCCUGAGAAUGUGGUGGCUGUCCCGAAGCUCUGUGACGCUGCAGAGGGAGCUGACCUGCUGGUGUUUGUGGUCCCUCACCAGUUCAUCAGGAAGCUCUGUGACGAGAUGGUGUGCUGUGUCUCCAGGAAAGCUCUGGGAAUCACCCUCAUAAAGGGGAUAGAUGAGGGUCCUGAGGGCCUGAAGCUCAUCUCGGAUAUUAUCCGAGAGAAGAUGGGGAUUGACGUCAGUGUCCUCAUGGGAGCAAACAUUGCCAAUGAAGUGGCAGCUGAGAAGUUUUGUGAAACCACCAUUGGCAGUAGGAUUUUGGAGAACGGCCUGCUGUUCAAAGAGCUGCUGCAGACUCCAAACUUCAGGAUCACAGUUGUGGAUGAUGCUGAUACAGUGGAGCUGUGUGGAGCUCUGAAGAACAUUGUGGCGGUGGGUGCAGGCUUCUGCGAUGGGCUACGAUGCGGUGACAACACCAAGGCAGCUGUGAUCCGACUGGGGCUGAUGGAGAUGAUAGCCUUCGCUAAACUCUUCUCUAAGAAUGACUCUGUUUCCACGGCAACCUUUCUAGAGAGCUGCGGUGUGGCCGACCUCAUAACUACGUGCUAUGGCGGCCGCAACCGACGGGUGGCAGAGGCCUUCGCUAAAACAGGAAAGAGCAUUGAGGAACUGGAGAAGGAAAUGUUGAAUGGUCAGAAGCUCCAGGGUCCUGCCACCUCAGCUGAGGUUUACCACAUCCUCAAACAGAAGAGCCUGGUGGACAAGUUCCCUCUCUUCACAGCCGUCUAUCAGAUUUGUUUUGAGGGGAAGCCAGUCCAAGAGAUGAUCUCCUGCUUGCAGAGCCACCCAGAGCACAUGUGAUCAGCUGGUGGGUCCCACAGCAGGCUACUGAGAGGAUUCAGUCUGCAUGUCCGCACCAAGAUCAGUUUGUCCUUUAUCAAUUCAAACUAGUAUGGAUAAAAAGAAACCAAAAACCUCAGUUGCCAGAUUUCCAACAGUAUGUUAUGUUCUCACAGUAAAGGGAAACUGAUCUCAGGCUGACUUUUCACUCAGAUGAGGACAAAUCUAGAGCAUUCACAGACUGAGGUGUAGUGUAACAAAGCAGAUAUGACGUUUUGUGCUGCAGAGCCAAUAUUUGACAGAUCCACUAAUUAGCUCGAUCUGUCAAAGCCAGUCUCUGGAUGGAAGUAAGUCUGCUCAGCAGCUCAGAAAAAUCCUUAAGCUCCAUCUGUUUUGAUAACAAAGCAUAAUCCCAACACUGAGAACUGAUACUAUGAUUUACACCUGAUUUUCAUCCAGUACUAGAGCCAGAUAACUCGAGGUGUUUAUAUCAUUUUGAAUUUGAAUUCCACAGGUGAACAGGGCUGUUUUUAAGACAUCUCUGGGAUCAGACCUGUGUUGUUGUGUGUUCCUCUAUCUGAUGUGCUGUAGUGUUACAACUGUUUUGACCAAUACACCUGAUGCUGCCUUUUUCUGGCCAACAUUGUCACAGAGUUGCCACAGUUUUAACAUGGUGCCCCUCAGACAUAAAACCAUACCACACAGGACGCUCUGUCCUCUUCCUCUGUAUUUAAACCAACCAGCACCAUCUUGUGGUUAACUGACACAAAUCAGGCUGUCAUCAUACAAUGCAUGCAGAAAGUAUUCAGACCCCUUCACUUUUUUCACAUUUUGUGAUGUUGCAACCUUUUGCUAAAAUUGUUUAAAAUAAUUUUACCCUCUUCAGUCUAUACUCAGUACCCCAUAAUGAUGAAGUGAAAAGAGAAUUUUAGACAUUUUUGCAAAUUUAUUAAAAAGGAGAAACUGAAAUAUCACAGUGACAUAAGUAUUCAGACCCUUUGCUAUGACACUUGAUAUUUAGCUCAGGUUCCUCCCAUUUCUCUGAAUCAUCUUUGAGGUGAUUCUACACCUUGGCUGAAGUCCACCUGUGGUAAACUCAACUGAUUGGACAUGAUUGAUUGACUGCAACAUUACAAAAUGUGAACUAAGUGAGGGGGUCUGAAUAAAUGCACUGAAUCCAUUUAAAGGAUUUCCUCUGGUUUAUUGCAACUAUUUCUUGUAGUCUUGAUUUUAGUAGUAUUACUGCACUCACCAUGUUAAAGAAAUGUUAAAGAAAUGUUUUGUGUUUUUCAACUUGGACUCACAAUUGUGACUAGUCUGACUAUUUGUCAUGUCAACAUUCAAUUCAAUUCAAUUCAGUUUUACUUACAUAGCGCCGAAUCACAACAAAAGUCAUCUCAAGGCACUUUCCAUAUAGAGCAGGUCUAGACCGUACUCUUUAGAUUAGUAUAAUUACAGAAUGAGACCCAACAGUUCUCACCAUGAGCAACAGUGGAAAGAAAAAACUUCCUUUUAAGAGGCAGAAACCUCGAGCAGAACCAGACUCAGAGUGGGCGGCCAUUUGCCUCGACCGGUUGGGUUAAGAAAGCGAGAGAGAAAGGGGAAGGGGGAGAGAGAGGGGUAGAAAAUAGCAACAGGAGAACAUAGCACAUUGAUUCACCUCCACCACCUAUAUUGGGGUAAGUAGUGCAAGCUUCUGUUUAUAUCCACAUCAGGUUUGUGCAGUUUUCUGCAGGUCAGCUUCAGCUCAGAUCCAUGUUUUUGGCUUGGUUGCUGAACAGAUGUGUGGAGAAACAACAGCAGUCAGAUGAUCAGAUGGGUUGGAAGCAAACCAGACUUAACUGAAAGAGAAACAUAAGGCGAAAUGAUUACUCAAACUGUUGUAAACCUCCAUGACAACUUACAGGCUCACUUCCUGCUCCUGCUGUACUCUCUGUGUAGUGGUGCGAGUACAAUAUUAUUAUGACUGAUAGAGACUGUGGCCCCAACUACAACAUUUAGACCCAUUCAAUAAUAAACCAGAGCCAUCCUUUACAUGUUACAUCAACUGGUCAGUUUUAUUUAAAAGCACCGUUUUGCUCACGUCUUUCCUCUCAGACUCAGAACUGAGUCUAUUGAUGUUCUAAGAUGCACUGUGAUGACAGUGCUGGUGUUACACAUACUUUGGACAUUUUUACUGCUCCACUGUAAAUCUAGUUGUUUUCUCUAUGUUUUCUUAUUUUUAAAAGAUGGCACACUUCCCCUGACCCUUUGCAGAUAAUGUAUAUUUCCAGGUUUGUGACCAAAUGUUUGAGACAGAACCCAUGUGUUCUUAGUGUGACAGUACAGUGGUAAUCUGCAGUGAGUGCCCCGUCAGUUUCUCACAUAUCAGCAGCCAAGAGCUGUUGAUUACUUGAGAUGACUAAGAAUACCAGCCAUUACAAGCCUGCCCAUGGACACCAGCGUAAUACUGCAGCUGCACUUUAGUCAUGUCCUGCUCAAGACCAACACCAGUGGACAAUGCAUUGUGACUUAAGAGAAGAUAAAGAUCUUUAUAACUUCACAGGGUUUGUACUCAUGUUUUCACUGCCACUCAGGUAAACAUGCAGUAGUAUUUUUAUUUUUAUUUUUGUUGAAGAAGUAUCCUGUAAAAAUCCCCUUACAAUAUUCUGCUCCAGACAUGUAGUUUUAGAAGGAAUUAACCUCUUGAAUGGAUGACUCAAGAAACCAACAGUAUGUUAAUACCUUUGGGAAAACCAGCAUGAGCUCCACAUAAAAUAUAUCAGACAUAUGUCUGUAUCGUUUCUCUUUAAGCUGCCUGAGUGUUGCCAAGUAAAGCUGUCUAAUUCUGUCUAGUUGUAUACAGCUCAUUUGUAUGUAAAUCUUUUUUUGGAAGGAGGUUGGCUGGCUCCAGUAAAAAAGUUGACCCAGGCUCAGUUUUAGCUGCAACGCAAUACAUCUUCUGGCAAUGUGCUGCCUUGACCAAUCAAAUACAUGCAAGCACACAAUUCGUGAUGAUUACUUUGUAACGUGAAUGCAGGAUUACUACUGUUUGCCACUCUGUAGUGACAGAAGAUAAAAUAAUUGCCUCUGAUAACUGUUCACAGUUGUGGAAUCCAGUCUGUGAGUAUUACAAAUCGUUUAGCAGAGUUUGGUGACUGAUUGCCUCUAAACAUAUUAAUUGUUGUUGUUUCUAACACUGGACUUCCUGGAUCAUAUUCAGCAUCACACUAUUACCUUAACAACACGCCCCCACCAACAGUCCCCUGCACUGUUAACGUAGGCCUGCUUUUGGUCAGAGGCCCCACGUAGUUCUCAUGCUUGAAGCCUUUUAUCCUGUAAAAGUGUUAAAUAGUUUCAGUUAAAGCAUAAAUCUUGCUUUUGCUUCAGUUCACAACAGGCCUGUCCUAGACAUUUUAACAUAACAGCUUUUUAAGCCUUUGGAAAAAAUGUGCAAAUGUUAGACCUUCAUGGUUUACCAGUCUUCAGUAUAAAAAAUAAUAUCUGAUGUUGUUGCCAGUUGGACACGUCUUUUAUAAGAGCACAGUUAAAGUACAGUUGAAAUGCUGUGGGUGCUUUCAAAACCGUGGGAAACAAUAAGCCUGUUCUGACUGGUGAUGACACACUCCAAAAACACUCAAGAACUAACAAACUAAGGUGAAAUGAAUGCUUUCAUGGACAUGUGUUCAAACAGCAUCUUUCUCUUGUAUAAGAGAAAAGGCUUUAGGGAUGAGUGCUACAUUGGUGGUUGUAUGUCUGGUUAACUAACCCCACCAACAAUAAAUGGCUGUUUAUUUUCUAAACUUUUCAGUAGGAUUGCUCAUUGCACAGUGGAGUGUCUCAGAUAGGACUAACUUCCAGUAACUGAAUAAGUUACCCAAGAAGCUCACCAACACCAUCUCAAGUGGAUGGAUCUUCUUCAGACUGGCAGCUUUCCAUUCUCUUACAAGUGUUUUGUGUAUUAUUGUUUCAUAUAGGUAAAAGUCCAUCCUCACAAAAGAAACUAUCAGGUUCUGUCCUGGUUUUAAAGACACUAAGUGUAGGGAUUUUAAAUGAGAACAUUUAUGGGAACUCCUAGUGGUAGUAUCACACAUGACAUGUUGGUAGACAGCAUGUCAAUACCUGCCCCCAUCCCCACAUUAAACACAAACACACAGAUCUGACCUGGUAAAACUGAAUUAUACAUUACAUGUACGUUACAUUACAUAAAAACUCUGCACAUUGUGACUUUAAAAGUCAAAGGACUUCACUAUUUGACAGAGAACUAAUGUUACCAGAGUCUGAUUUUGCCUUUUAUUUUUGGGAUGUAACAUUAGUCAAUUGGAUCAUUGUGUUUUAUUUAUGUGAAUCUGCUUUUCUGUUGAAAUAAACUGUAUAUUUCCCUGCA